GAGAGAGAGAGAGUUGAAGGCAACGUUUUUGGACUUUCUUCAGUCUUCUCCGAUGGGCAUCUGCUUCUGGGUUGGAGUCCUGGACAAUUCAGGCUCCUCCCUUUCAGUUGAUAAACCGGACGAUAUUCUCACGUCAGAAGACGGUGCUUUUUCCGCGGGCUUUUAUCCGGUUGGAGAAAACGCUUAUUGUUUUGCCAUAUGGUUCAGCAAACCCUCUUGUAGUAUCCACAACUGCGCUGUAGUUUGGAUGGCAAACCGUGACCGGCCUAUCAACGGAAGAUCCUCAAAGCUUUCUUUAAGAAAGAAGGGUAACCUUGUACUGAUCGAUGCUGGUCGGAAAGUUGUUUGGGCCACAAAGACAUCGAGUCCUUUUGAGACGGGCAAUCUUGUCCUUCGUGACAAGCAGCACAUUAUUUCAUGGCAAAGCUUUGACUCGCCGACCAACACGCUUCUUCCACUACAGCUCACUAGGAACACCCCGCUUGUUUCCUCUCGAAGCAAGAACAACUUUUCUUCUGGCUAUUACAAGUUUUAUUUUGACAAUGAUAACCUUCUUCGACUUCUUGAUGGCCCGAUGAUUACCAGUGUCUAUUGGCCAGAUCCCUGGCUUAGUAGUUGGCAAGCUGGAAGAACGACUUAUAAUGACAGUAGAGUUGCAAUGCUUGAUCCCUACGGGAAUUUCACUUCAUCUGAUGAUUUCAAAUUCUUAACAUCCGAUUAUGUGCAAAAAAUUCAGAGAAGAUUGAUGGUCGAUCAUGAUGGUAAUGUUCGAGUAUAUAGUCAAUCGGAAGGAGAGGAGUGGACAGCAUGGCAAGCCAAGUCUGAACCAUGCGCAAUUCAUGGCAUUUGUGGACCUAAUAGUAUGUGUACAUACCACCUUAAGGACGGAAGAAGUUGCAUUUGUGCUCCCGGACAUGCAAGGGAAAGCCUUUCGGUGACUCAAGGAUGCAAGCCUAAAUUCAGCAGCUUCUGUGACAGCAAAGUCGAAACCGAAUUCAUCAAGUUACCACAUGCCGAUUUUUGUGGGUACGAGAAAGAUUUAAACCGCCCAGAGAAAGAUGGAGCUCACAUUGAUGGAUACCACGCCGGCCGACCGGGGUUCAGACGAUUCACAUACAAUGAGCUAAAGAAGGCAACAUGGAAUUUCAGUAAAGAAAUUGGAAGAGGAAGUGGAGGAAUUGUAUUCAAGGCCGUGUUGUCAGAUUGCAGGGUUGCAGCGGUCAAGCUGCAUGAGGCUAACCAAGGAGAGAAUGAGUUUCUGGCAGAGGUGAGCACUCUAGGGAAUCUUAACCACAUGAACUUGAUUGACAUGUGGGGAUACUGCGCAGAAGGAAAGCACCACUUGAUCUACGAAUUCAUGGAACAUGGUUCCCUAGCGGAAAAUUUGUCUUCCUCCCUGAACUCCGAUUGGUCCAAGAGGUUCGAAAUUGCGGUAGGAUCAGCCAGGGGGACUUGCUUUAUUCUUCACGAAGAGUGCUUGGAUUGCCCUUCAUUGUGAUGAAGCCACUUGAACAUUCUCCUUGAUUCCAUGUACCAACCAAAGGUGGCGGGAUUUUGGACUAUCGAAGAUACCAAGAGAGAGGCCCAGGAUUCAAGCUUCUCAAGAAUUAGAGGAACAAGAGGCUACAUGGCUCCUGAAUUUUACAAUGCUUCAAUCACCUCCAAAGUACGGUACAGCUAUGGGAUUGUUCUGUUGGAACUCGUGACUGGCAGGAGUCCAAGAGGAGGGCUUGCAAAUACCGAGGAGGAGGAGAACAGGAGUUCCAAAAAAACAUGGAUAAAGGAAAUUGUGGAUCCAAGGCUGAUAGGGGAAUGUGACAAUAGGAAGAUUGAAGUUUUGGUUGCAGUGGCUGUUCGGUGUGUGGAUGAAAACAGAGAUGCAAGGCCUACCAUGAGCCAGGUGGUUGAGAUGCUUUGCAUUACAGAGACAGAAGAUGACACGGUAUAA